AUGUGGGGCUUAGACAGUAAUGUAACGAUUCGCCAAAGUAUAACGAUUCAUAAUGUAUACUUUAUGAAAUUAAUAAAAUUUAGGAUAAGCAGUGAAAAAAAUCCGAACUUUGCGUAUUUUAGUCAUACAGUACAGUUUUGCAUCUUCGGAAUUCACGGUUUUUUCUCUUAAGAAAAAAGUUUUGUUUGUAAACAAUCAUGUAACUAAGUUUUUUUUUUACAUCUAACUACUGUUUUACACAAAAAACAAUUGUUUUGAUUAUAAAAACACAUGUAGAGAAUAAAAUUUGAUAUAACUGUAGUUAAUUUGAACUGACGCGGUGUUAUUUACUAAAUUACGGCGAUGAUUACCUUAAAUUGUAAACAGGUAAAAUCAGAAAUAAUGGUGUGAAUACUGAUUGUAACAAUGUCUAGAGUUGAAGAUAAUAAGGUGACAGAGUUACUCCAUGUACACAGUCGCUGGGACUAUGUGAGAAAAAAAUUAAAACGGAGGGGGGUGGUUGAAGUGAGCAAAGCUCACCCCCAUCAUGACAUGCUGAGUGCCAUACAAAAAGCUAUCAGGAAACUCCUUACAGAGCAUCCGGAGGGUGAAUCUAAGGAUGAGCUACAUUCAGAAGAUUUUAAUCAAAAGAUCAAGUUUAGCAUAACAUCAAAUAAAGGCAAGACAUAUCAAUUUACUAGUUAUGCAAGUCCAGUGUUUGCCUGUGUAAGAUCAGCAGUCAGCAUUAGUGAAGAAGAUUUUUUAGCAAGUUUAUCACCUAAAGAUCUUCCCUACUUGGAAUUUAUUAGCAACUCUCGUAGUGGGCAAGACUUCUAUUUCAGUAAUAAUCCAAGAUUCAUACUGAAGACAGACGAGCAAAAAUGUGUGCAAUUAUUUCUUUCUAUCCUAAGAGAUUAUCUAGACCAUUUUCAUACUUAUCCACAUUCUAUGUUGGUGAAAUUUCUUGGGCUGUAUUCAGUUAAGAAAUCUAGAUCUAGAAAGAAAUACUUCCUAGUGAUGCAGAGUAUCUUUUACCCAACAGUCCGACUUGAAGAAAGAUUUGAUAUUAAAGGAUGCUUAACCAAUAGAUAUCAAAAUCCAAAUCCAUCAGGCAAGAAGACAAUCAUUGUUCUGAAAGAUCAAAACUUUAUGGAGGAAACAUUAUGUUUAGGUAACCAGCGGGACUGGUUCCUUACACAGCUGCGGGCAGAUGUGGACUUUCUGUUAUCUAUAGGGGUUUUAGAUUACAGUCUGUUGCUAGGUAGACAUCCACUACAUGCAACAGAGAAAAAAGAAUCAGUCGGCAACCUUGUCUUACGCAUGAAAAAGACAUUUGGACAAGAUAAGAGUAGUCAGCCUUUGAAAGAGGCCAAUGAGGAUUAUGGUGCUACUAACAAUCAACAACCUGUAUCAAACAAUCAGGCUCAUGGUACACCUUUACAUGAAAAUCAAAAUAGUACAGAGACGUUUGAAUUGCAGUCUAUUGCUGUUAAUCAAGAAACUGCGAUGUCAAAACAUUCUCCACAAAAACGACUCAGCUUCAGGUCACCAAAAAAGUCACCAAUGAAAAAUAAUGCAGUUUCACCAGUGAGGAGAAGAAAUGUGACUUUUUUACGAUCGUUGUCAGAUAAGGAUUAUCUAGAUUCUACCGGAAUACCUUUCCAUAACCGGCGUUUGUUGAUAAACAAUGAAAACAGUUUACAUAUAAUUGAUGGAGAAAAUUUACGAUACUAUGUUGGAGUGAUUGAUUUUUUUACCCAGUUUGGAUGCCGACAGAGAAUUGCUAAAAUUUUUAAGGACAUUAAAACAUGUUGUGGGAACCAUUCAACUGAACCUCCUCAUGUUUAUGCAGAGAGAUUUUAUCAGUUCAUAAGUGAGAGAGUAGUUUGAUACAAAUAUUUUGUAGCAAGGUUGGUUGUUCUCAUAGUUAUUGUACUUGAUAUAAAUUGAUGUUAACUAAUUUGAGGUAGAAGUAAGUGAGAAGUAAAGCUGUAAUUAUUGUGUUUUUUAUUUAAUUGUUAAACUGAAGGUUAAGAGGAUAAAUCAUAAAUUAUUAUGACUCUAAAAGGAGCUCCACUGUGGUCCAAAAUCAUGAAAAUAUCAAAUUUGAAAAUCUUUCAUAGGUCAACUUUGGCACUGAAAAACAGGAAAAUAUGAAAAACAAUAUAAAAAAAUAUUCUCAAAUUGAAAUUGAAAAUACCUUUUUAGUAUGAUUCUUAGCUUGACUUGAGUUAAAUGUGUUUAUUUUUUCUUUAUUUUUAAGUCUUUAGCUCAAUAAAAAUGAUUAUCCUGGAAAAAUAGGGAGAGCAAAUAAUGUUUAAAUUUGUACUCAAGUUUUCAGUAUACAUCUGAUCUAUAUCAAAUAGUAUAUAAAUCUCAAUAAAGUAUUUCCAGUCUUGUCAUGUCAGUAAACUUCAGUGUAGUCCUUUGAACAGCAAUUUAAUGUCAUACUUCAUACAACCUCAUCAGCUUUGGUUGGUAUAUUACAUAGGGAUAAGGAGCUCUGAAAAUAGAAAAGUUUCCAAUCCCUUGAGCGAGAUUAAUUGGCACAUGGAGUUGAUCAACUUCAGCCAUCUUGUUUUACAUAACCAAAUGUGUUUAUAUUUACAUCCAUUACAGAGAAUAAUUUACAUCUUCUUAAACUUUAUUGCUUUUCCUUACUUUUUUUGUUACUUCUUUUGAUUACCAUAACAAAUUUUAAAUAGCAUACAUAUAGGUUAAUUUUCUUGUGUCAAACAUUGUCUUGGAAAAUCUCGCGAAAAUGUGAACUUGUGUAAUAUACAGAUUUUAAGUGUCUAAAGUCAAAGCUUCCUGACUCUAUUCAAUCAAGCUCUGUGAUAAUUUUAAACAGAUAUAUUAGAGGGUAUGAAGCUCAAGUGGUGUUUUUCUUUUAUGAAUUCAAAUGUUGUUAGUUUUGUUACUUUUAUAAGAUUUAGCACACAUUUGAAUAUGUUACUUUAAUAAUUUAAAAUGAUAUUUUGUGGAUUUUUAUCAUUAUUAUUGUACAUGUACAUAAUAAUAUUACUUCAAGAAGAAAGUCUUGAGAUCACUAGUCUUGAUCCCAUAGAGUAUGUCAUACAAACAGUAAUCACACCCAGGUCAUAAACAAGGUCACAGUAUGUACUAACAAGGUUAUACAAGGUUACCAACAUUACUCACAAUAUCUUAAAAAUUACUUGAAACCAAAUGGCCUAAAAUAAAUAAAACUAUAUAUUUAUUUAUACCCUUAUUACAGUGCUAAAAUAGGCAAAGUUUGCCAUCAUGUCACAAUAGUGCUUUAAUAGAACUAAAAUCAUGUGAGCAGUUUGAAACCAUUGUUUUUUUGUUUUGUUAGGAAAUGCUAUAACAAAAGUGUUAUUUAACCUAAUUAACAAGCUUCAGUCAAAAAUAACUGAAAUAAGGUAUUGACAGCGUGGGUAUGCAUUUUCUUGUAUUUGUCUUGUCCUAAGUAAAGUAGUACUUUGUGUA